AAUGCCAGUCUGCUUUCAGGCAGGGCGCCGAGUGUGUGUGCAGAGUUUUCUCCUGGGUAAUGCCCAAUGAUCGCCGUCGGUCUCACGGAUGAAACUACUUCCUUUGUGGUUUGUAUGGGAUACUGUCAUACAUUGUAAUGAGGUUGGCUACGUGCUGGGCGUCUGGUAUUCGAUCACCGGAAAGGACAAAGACAGGAAAUGCGCCUGGUGCCCACAUGCAGAUCGGCUCUGAGGAACAAAAACUGACCAGUCUACUCGUCCUUCCCUAGCCGCAACACGGAACCGAGUAGACGAAGAUAAUGAAGCCACCAGAGUGGUACGGUGUGCUCAGGUACCGUAUUGUUCCGCCCAUUUUCCUGGUCGUGUUCACGGGUGCCGUGCAAUACCUCGCCCUCGUCGGACAAGGCGAAAGCAACAUCACGUGGCGCCUGGCGGCCUCCAAAGCAUUGGGCAACAGCUUUUCCUGGACAUGUGUGGGACUCUUCUCCCUGUGGGCCAUUCUUUGGCUUCAGCUCCCGUCGAGCCAGGUCCAUGGGCCUCCCACGCUCUUCGGCUACAGGCCUCCCUACCAGGAUAACGGAGUGCUGUACUACUGGGCCAGUUUGGUGGGGUUCUUCACUAUACAGGCGUUGUACCCCGAUCUUUCCGGUGCCAUCUUCAGCAACAUGCCCGAGAUGCUGGGCACGCUGAACGCGGUGGCCCUCACACUAUGCGUCCUACUACUGCUCAAGGGGAAGCUGAGGCCUCAGCACCCUGAGGACAGACACCCCUCGCGACCCCUGCUCUACGAGUUCUACACCGGACUGGAGCUGCACCCGCGAAUCCUGGGCAUGGAUGUGAAACAGCUCACCAACUGUCGCAUCGGCAUGAUGUCCUGGCAGAUCCUCAUCCUCGCCUUCUACUUGGCCGGUGUGCAGCGCCACGGGUUCAGCGCCGCCACGCUAGUCAACCUCCUGCUGCAGUCUGUGUUCGUGGCCAAGUUCUUCUGGUGGGAGGCUGGUUACUUCAGCACACUGGACAUCAUACUGGACAGAGCUGGGUACUACAUCUGCUGGGGUUGUCUUGUGUGGGUGCCCUGCCUGUACACAUUCUCUUCCUAUUACUUGGUGGCACACCCUCCCGUUGUCUCCACAGCAACAGCUCUGCUGAUCGCAGUGUUUGGCCUCUUCACAAUUCUCCUCAAUUACCGUGUUGACUAUGAGAAGCAGUUGUUCCGGAGGGCUGCAGAUGGCAAGUGUCAUCUGUGGGGCAAGCCAGCCCGCUACAUAGAAGCACAGUACAGAGACAGCAGUGGUAAUGUCCGUACUUCCAAGCUUCUCCUGUCAGGUUUCUGGGGCUCUGCACGGCACCUGAACUACACAUUUGAAUUGCUGGCUUCACUUGCAUGGUGUCUACCAGGAAUUGGACUUGGAGUGUGGCCAUUCCUCUACGCCAUCUUUUUGACAUGCCUCCUUGUGCAUCGAACAUUCAGAGACGAGGAGAAGUGUGCUGUUAAAUAUGGUCAUAACUGGGAUAGAUACUGUCGUGAAGUUCCAUUCAGACUCAUACCGCAUGUCUUCUGAAUGUUGCAUGCAAACUGCCUGAAUUCUUGGAGCAUAUCCCACAACAUACUGUGUAGUUGCAAAACAGUUUUACAUAUACCAACUCUUGGCUUUAUGAAGAUACUGAAGCUAAAUAAACCACUAUUUACAUAGAAAAAUCAUUAUGCUCUAUACAAUUGUUACCUGAAGAGAGAUGUGAGUGUCUGAAUGUUCAACAAGUCAAGUGUAAACCAACACAAUAAACUUACUCCCACAGUGAAGGGCGUGGAGAUGUACAAUAAAUCCAGAGUGGUAGUACAUUGUGCUUAUUCAUACUCUCUGUCUUUACACAAAGAGACAAUAUAGGAUAGUCAGCAAUUUCUUAAUGAGAAGCUUAAUAAUUGCACUCUUUGUGAAAUACUGUUAGGUUGAUCAUUUUUUUUUAAUCUGAGUUUUAAUGAUACUACCAAUAUCCAGACGUAAGUAUCAGCGAUCACAGGAUCAUUAAUGACUAUGCAGCAGAUUUAAGAAGACUGGGAUGAGUGGCACAUGUAGCACAAAUAAGAGAGAUUAUGUACACUGUUUUGGCCAGAAAACAUGAAGGGGUAAAACAACUUUGGUAACCUAACCCUAGGUGUACAUGGAUUGGUAACAUUCAAAUAGACUAAAGUAAUAAGGUGUGAGGUUGUGGUCUGGAUUCAACAGGCUCAAAGAUGUUCACGUUCCAUACAAGAUAAGGAAUUCUUUACAAGCUGAGCAACUACUAGUUUCUCAAGAAAGAUUCUUGCUCCAUGGAGUUAAUUACAGCAGGGUUUCCAUAUCCUGGUUUGCAAGUGAAAGUGUUUAAUUAAAAAAUUGUAAUACGUUAAGUUCUGCGCUGGUUUGCCAAAUAAUAUCUCAGUCUUGUACAAGACAUAAUUAUCAAACUGUGUAACAUAAAAACGCCUCAAUAAAUAUAAACGUUAGUCUCAGUAAUAUUCCAGGAUUACUGGAUAUUUUAAGAAAAAGAAGAAAGCAAUUUUGAGAAGUAUCCACAAAAUUUCACUUGAGAUGCAAGAAAAGAUGGCUGUCUUUAAUUAUUUGUGUAAACUUUUGUAGAAUUUAUUGACCAUCUUAACAUAAAAACUAUAAAUGAAAAAGUUUUGAGUUAAUAUUGAAAAUAGACUGAAGUUGUUUCCAAAAUUGUACACCCUAUCUGAAAACAUUUAUUUUACGUGUAAUAGUUAGAUAAAUUUAUCAGUUUAAUUGGUUUUUGUAUGAAUUUUAAGGACAGUACAAGUAGAAUAAAUUAGGAAAGACUAGAAGUACAGAUGGUCCCAUAACAUUAGAAAUUUGUUCUCAAAAGAAUCAUCCAUUAGCAUAUUACUUGCUAAUUUAUUACAGAAGUUUCCUGAUUUUGCUGCUUAUUAUUAAGAUGUACAGUGGACUAAUUACUUGAUAUUUCGCCAAUUUGCAGUAAUCCAGCCACACAGCUAUAAUACAAUAUUACUUGUAGUUGAUAAUAUAUAUAUCUUUUUUUUAUUAUUGCUAGUGGGGUGGGACUAUGAUUUUGAUCUUGUAUAUGCAUAUUGAUAUCUGUAUUCAAAGGACAAUUUCCACAUCCUGGUUUUUUAACUUGUAGGGAUAUAUAUGGAAAAUAAAUUGACAAUGGAAUGGAAUGGACUAAGUCCCUUGUACUGUGGCCAUUUCUGGUGAUAAUAUAUUUAUCAGAGUUGUUGCACAGUGAGAACUAUACAUAUAAUGUAAAAUAUUUAUGGAAAUACACCCUGGGAUAGAUAUGACAUACUCAUAAUAGUGAAUGAAAUAUGGAAGUUAUUCACAAAACUGAAAUGGUAAUGUUACUUUUAUUAACAGUGUACACUGUUACGUUCUCCCAUUUAUUUUACUCAGGUAUGUAGGAUGUACCUUGUAUCGUGCAUCUGAUAAGUAAGAAUUUUAUUACUCCCAAAAUUUAUGUCUAAAGGGCACUGUUUUUUAAAGGUUAAGAAGAACAAAUACAGCUUCGUUUAAGUAUACUUCAACAGAAUUUAAUGAAGUUGUCUAAAAAUAACCUGAUAUGGAUGAGGUGUUUCUAUGCAACCUUUAUGCCCACAGGGAUCAUUGUAAUGUGUACAGGUUGUAUGGAUUAUUUUGCAAACGUUCAAGGAAUGAAAUUAAGAAAAACUAUUUUGAAUAUUGAUUUAUUUGAUGAUCUGUAUGAUCCAGCAGUGUCAUUCAGCAGAUAUUUUGGACAUAAAAAUUAAUGAAAUUUGAUAUGAAAUUAAAGGACAUUGCAAGAACAUAUAAAAUCCUUAUGAGUUACUUGCAUUUAAAUCGUGUUUGAUGGAUCCUGUGUUGGAUGUAGGAACAUAUGCUCAUGUAAGUUGCAUGGAGGUAGGAGGAUUACAGUUUUCACAUCAGUUACAGGACACAGACGAGUGCUGAAUCCAUGGCAGAUAUGACUUAAAGCUUGCAGUACUAAGAUGGAACUGGCUCUUAUUGUAAAUAACAGCUGAAAAGUGCUGGAACAGUUAUUUUCAGUUUGUCACUUAGUCUUGAUGGCAGCUUAUUUUAGUUUGCUACUAUUGCACUUUACACCCCUGCACUUUUCUCUUCUUGCCCUCUCUAACUUGCAUCUAAUCCUACAGAACUCACUAUUUGCUUUUUGCAGCACUCACUGUUUUACCAUAUGAAAACUGCUGCCUCCUGCAGACUGACUCUUCUUAGGCUAGUGGCUGCCAUUUUAUACAAGAAAUUUUCUUUUUGAAUUUUAAAAUUGUGAUUUCAGUGACAAGAGUUACUGCUUUAUACCAAUGAAUAAGUCUCAUUCUAAGCAUUUCAUUAUGUUAGUAUUAAUUUGAUUAGUUUCUUGAAAAGGAUAAGAAUUGGAGCAAGGACAAUGUAAGUGCAUAGAGUAGAAAAAAUGAUGCAGUGAGAGGGAAGAUAAAAAAAGAAUAGGAAGUUGGCUGGAGCCUAGUUUGUGCCAAAGAACUGUCACAACUUUGGCAGAAUAAAAUAAUGAAAACCCUCAAUCAUAAUUUCAAUUAGAUACCUCCUGUAUAUAAAUAUUCUACUCUCAUAUGAAUCUGCUUCUUAGUAAGAUUGACUAAAUAAUAGAAAUGCUAUUUUAUCAACAAUUACAACAUUGAAAAUGACAAUAUAAAUAAAUAUCUGAAACUUCUUUUGUUCAUCAUUUUCAAGUUCACUGAUCAUAAUGGCAGUCACAUUGAACUACUUUUUUCAUAUAUUGAAGAAAGAAGUAUGGAACAGAUGAGUGUAUGCAUUAAUUAGAGAAACUCAUUUGAGUAACUGAAGUGUAUUAUAUUUUGUGAAUGUUCAAGUGUAAGUGAAGUGUGCUGAGCAACUGUAUAUAUAAGUAUUGACUGCACAUGAAUUCUAUAUAGAAGCGCACACUGAAGAGUGCUGAGGAGGUUUUGUGUAUAAUGUUUACGACAAACUGAAUUUGAGAAUUAUCUCAUGAACACUAAUUACAAUUUGCCUACUACAAAAUCCAGUAUCAAACAAGAUUAACUGAGAAAAAUACAUAACAUGCCAUGAA